AUGUAUGAAAGAAGAGAACUAAGACGAGACAAUCUACCAUUGGUCUACUGUGACUUUGUACCAGUAUCCACGACCGACACUACCGUUGUAAAUCUGUUAAGACUAUGCAUUGACCUUAACAAACCUCAACUUCUACAAAAAAGCGAAGUGGAGCAAAUCGUUGGGCGCCAACUUACGAGAAGUCAGACGAACAGAAGACCCGAUUGGCAUCCGUGGUUCGAAUCUGCACAUCGACUUCUCCUGUCUAGGAUUGGGAAACUUAGCAGUAUCCCAACCCCCGUACUUUCUCCGGGUGGUAUAGCGCCUAAACACCAAAAGGGUGUUACAGCUGUCAAGUCACCCGAAGAAAACACCAAGGUCGAGAUACUGCCAGGUUGUCCAAGCCUAGACAGAAGUCCAGAUGCAGAUCAUCUUGAACCACGGACCUUCCGGUUA